AUGAGUCGUCCCUCCAACCCCUUCGCCCAAGGGUUCCGUCGAGUAGACCUCGAAGGAGGAGCCCAGAGCGUGGUCAGCACUGUAGUAGCAUGGAAGGCUCAAGCCACUCAGAUGUCGAUGACGAUGGACAUCAUUUUCUUCACGGCAGCCUGUUGUGUGGUGGUCGCCAGUGUUAUCUCUACUAUUGAGGUGAACAUCUCAACCAAUACCACUCCUUCUCGAAUUCCUAGACAGGUCUUCCUAACCGAGAUAGCUCCCUUCGAUCUCGUUGACUGCGUCUACCUCCUCCUUUUUGGAACCAAGAUGAUGCUCCUCGAUGCACCAGUGCGAUUCAAAGGCAUCGUUGAAGUGCAGGUUCGACAACAAAUUCGCCGUCAGAACGCGAACACCGAGCAGAUGUUCAACUCCUACGCCAGGUCCAACUUUCAGGAAGGAAUGACUGCUGAUGAAUUCAACCUCCUCAGUCAAGUGGCCGGGAUAUCAUUCCGUAACGAUGAGCUCACUUUUGUCCUCAAUGCUCUAUGCAAUGAUGGACGGCUUGGUAUCAGCCAACGUGAUUUCUGCGGCUGGAUCAAUGGACCCGCCGUUUUGCUAUGA